UUCCAUUUAACCAAAAAGGAUUGAUUGAGAAGAUGCUUUUGGAGAAAUUGUCUUUUUUAUGAAAUGGGGUGGCACAGACUUAUUUUUUUUAAAUAUGUUAAAAAACAAAAAGCACCCUGAAUAGUUUUAUUGAUUUUCACCGGCAAGCACGUGGUCGUCAGUUUUGAGAUGCCCGUAUCCGAAUUAAAAUACUGAAUUUUUACAAUGCAUCAUAGAAGCGACGAACAAGCCGAUCGACAUAGCUAUAAUCUUCUUCAUGAUGCAGCAGAAGAUGGAAGUCUUGAAAUAGUUCAAGAAUUAAUUGAGCGCCGGGGAGUGAACAUUAAUACAAGGUCUGAAAUCCUUCAGAAAACUGCCAUAUUCAUAUCUUCUCAAAGGGGGCAUCUAGAAGUCGUUAAAUAUUUAGUACGUCAUGGAGCCGCCAUAAAUCACAAAAGUAGAGGUGGUUUUUCACCUCUGUGGAGUGCAGCGUAUAAUGGUCAUUUAGAUGUAGUGGAAUAUCUCGUUGAAAAUGACGCCGACGUCACUACUACAUCGAAUAAUGGUGAUGAUCUUUUAAACGCAGCGUUAAGAGGAGGACAUGACAAUACUUUUAUGUAUCUCAAUCAACUUGGCAUUAAUGUAUACAGAAGACAAGGGAAAAUUAAAAUGCUUCAAAAUGCUGUAUGCGGUGGGAAUUUUAAUCUGGUAAAGUAUAUAGUGGAAAGAUACAAUAUUAACGUCAAGGCUUCUACAUCUUUACAUAAAGCUGCAGAAAAAGGAUAUUUAGAUAUUGUGAAGUAUCUUAUUGAAAAGGGUGCAAGGAUUAAUAUGCCUGUACAAGACAAUGUUACUCCUUUGUAUGCAGCAUGUCAAUCAGGGCAGUUAGAAGUUGUUAAAUUUCUUGUCAAUCAUGGAGCUGAUAUGCAUGCAGCUGUGGGGAAAGGGCGACUGGAAAGAGGGUUAACGCCUCUGGAUAUUGCAAAAGCGUAUGGAAAAACACAGGUGGUUGAGUUCUUGUCAAGCAGGAUUGAUUCUAAUUUGAAAAAUUACCCACAUGUAACAGAAAAUGGUACUAAUAAUGAAAUAAACCCCACAGGUGACACAUCCACUUCGAGUGCACCAGAUUAUGUUGGUUUAAGCAACAAGCAUAAUGCGAUUAUUAAACGUUUCCUAAAUUGUCCAAGUGAUAAGAGCACGCGAGCGCUGCGAAUGUUAAUCAGAAAAGGCAACAUUAAUGUAGUGAAAGUUUUACUUGCAGAGGGGAUUAACAUAAACGGUCGUAUUUUAAACGGCGACACAUUACUUCUGGAAGCAGCAAGAAGUAGUAAUUGUCAAAUGAUACGUUUUUUGGUUGAAAACGGCGCCGAUAUUAACCUAAAUCCACAAGGAAUGGAAGUGCCGUUGUAUUCUGCGUGCAUAAAAGGGAAUUUAAAAGUUGUCAAAAGCCUUGUAGGGCAAGGCGCAGAUGUAAAUUUUGUGUGCCCUCAAACCCAUAGAUUUCCCUUAAAUCACGCGGUAUAUAACAACCAGAGUGAAAUUGUUGAGUAUCUUCUGCAGCAGAACGCCGAUGUGAAUCAGAUAGGUAGAACUAACGGAAAUACGUGUUUACAUCUAGCAGUUAAGAAGAGAAAUCUUGAACUUGUAAAAAUGUUGGUACACUGGGGCGCAAAAGUCAAUGUUUGUAAUAGAGGUGGAUUAACACCUCUACAAAUUGCUGAGAUAGGUUGUCAAACGGAUAUUAUAAAUUUCCUUAAGAAUUUGCCUAGAGGUCAUAAACGGGGUUAUGAUGAUAUGCAGGACAGUAGAAAAAGAUUUAAAAAUGGAGAUGGGGCUGGAGUCGUGGUAAAUAGAGAAUUUGCAGUUGAUGAUUUUGUACAGUCUGGAGAUCAACAUCAUUGUGAGAAAACUAUACAAGCUGAGGACCUCAUUCCUAAAACUAUGCAAGAUACGUUAAAUUCUACUUCUUACAUGGACCGAGUCAGUCUGAUUAGAGACGAAAUAAGGAAUGGUAAUAUUAACAUUGUAAAAUAUUUGCUUUCAAAAGGAACUCAUGUGGAUCAGCGGGUGUUAAAUGGCGAUACUUUGCUGCUUGAAGCGUCAAGAAGUGGCCAGUAUGAUAUAGUCCAGCUAUUAGUUGAAAAAGGAGCAAGUAUAAAUAAAUUCGACCAAGGUAGUGGCAUGCCCUUACAUGCAGCGUGCGCAAAAGGAUACUUUUACAUUGUAAAAUUACUCGUGGAAAAAGGCGCAGAUGUAAAUUUGAACUCGCCAACAACUAAACGUGCACCACUACAUGACGCUGCAUCUCACAACCAAGUAGAAAUCGCCGAGUAUUUACUGAAAAAUAGUGCCAUUAUUAAUAAUCCAACUGUAAGAAGUAAGGACACGCCUUUACACUUGGCAGCCCAGAAAGGAAACCUAGAAAUGGUUAAGUUUUUAGUGUCUAGAAACGCAGAAGUUGGAGCAGUUAACUCGAGGAGGUUAACACCGUUAGGACUUGCCAAUCGAUAUAAAAACGUUGCAGUUAUGCGAUUUUUGAAAGUUUUGCAUAAAUCUUCACAAAACAUUUCGAGUGAAGCGUCUGUGGAAGAGCAAGCUUGUGAGAAUGUUGAAGUUAUGACCCCACAGGAAAAACUUAUUGCGAGUCUUUUGACCGGUGAAGACAAUCCAGACUCUAAUGACGAUUUAAAAAAAGAAAUUCGGAUUGGUAACGUCGCUCUGGUUAAAGAUUUAGUUGCAAAAGGUUUCGACGUCAAUAAACUGAUGUCAGAAGCGUCACGAAGUGGACAUUUAGAAAUUGUACAAUUUUUAGUGGAAAGUGGGGCCAAUGUUGAUGGUACACACUCCUGCGUGACUCCUUUAUAUGCAGCAUGUGAACAAGGAAAUUUUGAUAUAGCGAAAUAUCUCGUCGAGAAAGGUGCUGAUGUUAAUUUCGUGUGUGAGACGAGUAAAACCCCGCCACUGCUUUCAGCGGUCACUGGCAACCAUAAACCACUAGUUGAGUACCUUAUAAGUCACAAUGUCGAUGUGAAUCAGCGAAAUCAAGUAGACGGCAAUGCCCCUCUUCAUGUUACCGCAGAGAAGGGUCUGCUUGAUUUGGUUAAAAUUUUAGUCGAAAGUGGUGGAGAACUGGACGUUGUCAAUAAAUUGGGGCUAACGCCGCUGGAAUUGGCUGAAAAAAACAACCAAUCGGACGUUAUACAGUUCCUGAAGGGUGUCAAUGAUGACGUAGAGAUCGUCUCAGAAGCUAGCACAGUUCCGGUAAGCGAUGCCACGUCUCUACACAAAGCGAUACAAGGUGGCCACUUAGACACAGCGAAAUUUUUAAUAGUAACAGCAGCAGAUGUCAAUACUUUGAAUGAAUUCGGCGACACGCCUCUGACUCUCGCCAUACAAGAAGGAUACACCGAGUGUGUCAACCUGUUACUAAAUCAUGGCGCUGAGGUUAACACCAAAGGUGCUUAUAACCCAUUGUGGGAGGCCGUGAGACUCGGCGAUCUUGACAUAAUCAAGAGUCUGGUGGCUAAAGGUGCCAACGUCAACGAGCAGCAAAACGGUGAAACCCUCCUUCAUAAAACCGCUAGAAGCGGCCAAUACGAAAUCGUCGAGUUUUUAGUGACAAAUCAAGCCGUCGUCAACGUCGUGAACCAACAAGGCUUGACUCCUCUGUACUUCGCGUCAAAAGAAGGCCACUACAAGAUCGUCAGUUUUCUCUUGAAAGUAGGAGCCGACGUUAACUUAUCUGAUUCCAACGCGUUUACACCUCUUCAUGGAGCAGUCAGUGUCAACCAUCUCAGAAUAGUGCGGCUUUUACUCGAGAAUAAAAGCAACGUGAACAAGCAAUUUACACAUGGUGAUAGCGUGUUGCACUUGGUUGCAGAAACUGGUAACCAUUUAAUUUUUGAAACUCUAGUGAAGGCUGACAAUGUGAAUGUGAAUAUUAUUAAUGCGAAAGGAUUGACGCCUUUGUAUGUCGCAUCGAAUCGAGGGCAUCUGAAAAUUGUUGACUUGCUAAUAAGUAGGAAAGCUGUUGUCAGUCUGGGGAAAUCCAUGACUUUUGCACCUAUACAUGGCGCAGCAGCGGGUGGAUUUGUGGAAGUGGUUAGGUUUCUUGUGGAGAAGGGAGCCAAUGUGCGGGAAGCUUCCGCCACUGGUGAUACAGCUCUUCAUAAGGCGGCCCAAGGUGGACACUUAGAUGUUGUGAGGUAUCUUGUGCAGAAAAGAAUUGAUGUCAUGGCUGUCAAUCAUGAUGGGAAGACCGCGAUGGGCGUGGCCGCGCAGGAAGGACACAUGCAAGUUGUAAAUUUCUUCAUUAAGUUUAAUAAAUCCGAUCCUAUACUUGUGGAGUGAUUCAACUUUUGUGAUAAAAUCAUUGUGAAUAAGUAGGAAACUAUCUUUUAGUUUUGUUAUAAUUUUGUUGUUUCAACUGUAUUUACAUUUUGAUAUUUUCCAAAUGUAUAAAACGUAUUUUUAAUAAUA